AUGGCCGCAGCCUUGGGGACGAAAAGACGGCCACCAGCCACAGACGAGGUAAAGAAUGGGCGCAACGGGUAUGAUGUAAUGGUGAAGCGCUUGCGACUAGGCCAGAAAAUGCAAGUGAAAUUUCGGGUGGUGAAGGUGAUCGGGGAGGGCGGGGGCAGGGCGCAGGGCGCAGAUCGAAUUAAAACGGUGAAAAGUGUCGAGAAAACUUGCGACAAGACAACGGGAGCCGCAAGUUAUAUGUGA